UGCUAGGCAACAGAGAGGCGCCCCGUGCGGGGCGGGGCCUAAGGAGCUCUGCCAAGCGGUUCGGGGCUGAUUCUGGAGCACCGAGGUAGCUCCGCCCGUUUCGUUAAGUAUCCCGCCAACGCUCCCCGCCCAGGAGUCGCGGGCUCUCCUAGACUAAGCCUAGCCCGAAACACUGCAGAGAGUUAGUGACUCCCUAAGCUUCCAGGUCAAAACAGAGGCAGAAGUAAGAGACUGAGACUACCAGACCCACAAUGCAACACGGCUCAGACGGCAAUCGCGAGAGGACGUGUUUCCAGAGCGGAGUUACUUCGCGGCAUGGCAAUCUAAACUUUUCUCCCCUCCCCCGGAGGCGGCGGGUCUCUGUUUUAGGUUUCAGAGUAAGACAACUUUUACGUGAAUUACUUUUAGAGUUUCUCCCAGACACCCAAAUCCCUUGGCCCUAAACCAAGAAGGACGCACCGUACUACGUGUAAACGCUCCGCUUCCCAGAAUUAAAACCCUGUUAACGUGACUUACCCCAGCUACAGCUCUCUGUGUUCUAACUCCACGACGGACGCCGAACGCCGGUUACUACAGAAACGGCGUCCCUUCCGUCACGUGGUAGCUAAAGGUAAAAGGUCACGUUUAGAUGACGACAGUUCCGUUUCUGGUUCCGGCUUGGAGCUACCUGGUUCGGAAUAGAGUCGCGACCGUUUCGGGGAGCUUAAAGAGCCCAACGUAAGAAUCGGAGCCGACUUUGAAGGGUUCGCGGGAACAUCCACGUAAACAUGGCAGCCUCCACUGCGGCCGGAAAGCAGCGGAUCCCCAAAGUGGCUAAGGUGAAAAACAAAGCUCCUGCUGAAAUACAAAUCACAGCUGAACAGCUUUUAAGGGAAGCUAAAGAAAGAGAGCUUGAGCUUCUUCCACCACCUCCUCAACAGAAGAUCACAGAUGAAGAAGAAUUAAAUGAUUAUAAACUAAGAAAAAGAAAGACUUUUGAGGACAAUAUAAGGAAGAAUAGAACUGUGAUUAGCAACUGGAUAAAAUAUGCACAAUGGGAAGAGAGUCUAAAGGAAAUUCAAAGAGCCCGUUCCAUAUACGAGCGUGCCUUGGAUGUCGACUAUCGAAAUAUCACUCUCUGGCUAAAAUAUGCAGAAAUGGAAAUGAAAAAUCGCCAAGUAAAUCAUGCCCGAAAUAUCUGGGAUCGAGCCAUCACUACUCUUCCCCGGGUCAACCAGUUCUGGUAUAAAUACACUUAUAUGGAGGAGAUGCUGGGAAAUAUUGCUGGAGGCCGGCAGGUUUUUGAACGCUGGAUGGAAUGGCAGCCUGAGGAACAAGCCUGGCAUUCCUAUAUCAACUUCGAACUGAGAUAUAAAGAGGUGGAUCGAGCACGUAGCAUUUAUGAAAGAUAUAUCCUUUUGCACCUGAUGUUAAAUUGGAUCAAGUAUCUCGCUUUGAGAAAAACAUGGCUACUUGCUCAUGCAAGGAAAGUAUAUAAAGCUGUGGAAUUCUUUGGAGAUGAGCAUAUGGAUGAACAUCUCUAUGUAGCCUUUGCAAAGUUUGAAGAAAAUCAGAAAGAAUUUGAAAGGGUACGAGUGAUCUAUAAAUAUGCCCUGGACAGGAUUUCAAAGCAGGAAGCCCAAGAACUCUUUAAAAAUUACACAAUCUUUGAAAAGAAAUUUGGGGAUAGACGAGGUAUUGAAGACAUCAUUGUCAGUAAACGGAGAUUUCAAUAUGAAGAGGAGGUGAAGGCCAAUCCACACAAUUAUGAUGCCUGGUUUGAUUAUUUGCGAUUGGUGGAAAGUGAUGCAGAACCAGACACUGUGCGGGAGGUAUACGAAAGAGCCAUUGCCAACGUGCCCCCUAUCCAAGAGAAGAGGCAUUGGAAGCGCUAUAUCUACCUCUGGAUCAACUAUGCACUUUAUGAAGAGUUGGAGGCAAAGGAUCCAGAGAGGACCAGACAGGUAUAUCAAGCUUGUUUGAAAUUGAUUCCGCACAAAAAGUUCACUUUUGCCAAAAUAUGGCUACUGUAUGCCCAGUUUGAAAUAAGACAAAAAAAUCUACCAUUUGCUAGAAGAGCUUUGGGAACCUCUAUUGGCAAGUGUCCCAAAAACAAAUUGUUUAAAGUCUACAUUGAAUUGGAAUUGCAACUUCGAGAAUUUGAUCGGUGCCGAAAGCUUUAUGAAAAGUUCCUGGAAUUUGCACCAGAAAAUUGUACAUCAUGGAUCAAAUUUGCUGAAUUGGAGACGAUUCUUGGAGAUAUUGAGAGAGCCCGCGCAAUAUAUGAGUUGGCUAUUAGCCAGCCACGUUUAGACAUGCCAGAGGUGCUCUGGAAAUCUUACAUUGAUUUUGAAAUUGAACAAGAAGAAUCUGAAAAAACAAGAAGCCUUUACAGAAGAUUGCUGCAACGAACACAGCAUGUAAAGGUAUGGAUCAGUUUUGCCCAGUUUGAACUCUCAGCAGGAAAUGAAGAAAGUUUAACUAAAUGCAGACAAAUAUAUGAAGAAGCCAACAAAACUAUGAGAAACUGUGAAGAGAAGGAAGAAAGACUCAUGUUACUAGAAUCCUGGCGAAAUUUUGAAGAUGAAUUUGGGACAGAAUCUCAUAAAGAGAGAGUGGACAAACUCAUGCCAGAGAAAGUGAAGAAGAGAAGAAAAGUACAGGCAGAAGAUGGGUCUGAUGCUGGCUGGGAAGAGUACUAUGACUAUAUCUUUCCAGAAGAUGCCGCAAACCAGCCCAAUCUCAAACUGCUGGCGAUGGCCAAACUUUGGAAGAAACAGCAACAAGAAAAGGAUGCUGCAGAGCAAGACCCAGACAGAGACAUGGAUGAGAGUGAAUCUUGACUUUUUCUAUGUUGUUCCAUUUUUGUUAUUUUUAUAAAUUCCUACUCUACAAUUAUUGUGACUUAGGAGACUUUUGUGCAAUAUUUUUUAUCAUUGUUAACCUUGUACCUUUGCAAUGCUAUGCCUUUAAAAUAUUGCUAAGUUAGCAUUGAGAAGAUUGUAAAUAACGGACAUAAAAAUUUUUUUUAUAAUACAGAUUUAUGUUUUGAUAAUGUUUAGUGACUUUUCAAGGUACAGAAUUUUAAAAAUAUCUUAGAUUGGAUUGAUUAUAUAACUACAAGACAGUUUUCAAAUGUUAUCUUGUCAAGUAGUAACCAUUAAGUUUACAUUUUCUAUACUUUGCCUGAGAAAGAACUAGUCUGUCAUUUUUAACAUAUAGUGUGGGCUAUGUUGUGGGUUUUAUACAUUUAGGAUUCCUUAUGAGAAAUUGUUGGGUGUAUUCAGAUUAAUAUAAAUAUUAAAUACUUAUAACUGUUUUUAUAGGCAGUAUGACAGUGGAUAGAGUGCUAGAAUUGUAGUUAGAAAAGCCUCAGUGUGAAUACCAGUAUGUUGUAUACUAAGAAAAUCACUUGACUUUCAAUGUCUGUUUCCCCGUCUAUAAAAUGGAAAUGAUAAUAGCACUUACCUUUCAGAAAAUAUAUACAGAAUGCCUUGUAUAUCUUCAAAAGCUAUAU